CUUGGACAACGCAGGGAACCCCAAAAACAUUGAAAUCUGCUCCGCCUUCGUUUUGGCUCAAGCAACUCGAGCUCAAACCGCUGCGGAUCACAAUGGACACAGCAGCUGUGGUUUGCAGCUGGAGUUGUGGCCAUCACUCGGAUGUGGCCUCUGUCGGCAGUGGGGGGCGAAGGCGAUCUUCCUCCCAGCGGCGACGACCCCGAGCUGCCCGUCACCAUCAACAGGCUCACGCUGAGGUUUCGAGACGGAGGCGUCGAGCGAGGCUUCUUAAAGUACCGCGCGCCCAGCUUGAGGCUUCACUUUCGCAGACUGCUGGCGCUGGUGGCCUUGGUGGCCUCUGCCGCAUUGGUGCACGGCCGGGGUUGGGACCGUGACGUGUUCGACACUGAUGAAAAAAGGCAGGUAGUGUUGCUUAUCAGCAGCAUGGUUGCCAGCGUGGUUGUUUGUUCUGUUGCCCUGAUUGCCCUGACUUCCGUCAUGGAGCGGGUCUUUGUACAAAGCCAUUUAGCAUUAGAGGUCGUGGUGGUUGUGUCUGCCGUGCUAAUUCUAGUAGCCCACACCUUUGCGUUGCCGUGGUACGCGGCAAGUGCACUUGGAAUCAACCACGCAGCACUCGGAACAUCUUUUGGGCCAUUCACAGACACCAGGAUGGUGCUUGGUCGGCGGAUUGCCGUGUCUAGUUCUCACUUGGCUCUGCCAGUCCGAUAUCACCUUCUUGUCAUCGUGGAGAUUGCUGCCCUUCUGUGUUACGUAAUUCCCACCUGGGCCUUGGGCGGGCCAGAGAUUGAUUCCGCGCUGCUCACGCUGAUUUUUCUGACGUUCUUGAUCGGCAUGGCCGCUUACGGAAAGCGCAGCACAGAGUACCAGGAGCGCACCCAGUUCUUAGGAUUGAUCCGAGAGAAGAGCCUGCGGUUCCAGUCCGAGUUCGAGCUCUCGCAGCACGUCUCGUAUACCAGCAAGCCGAAGGGCCCAUCCGAGGUUGAUUCGCGGCCGUCCACAACGGAGACCGGGCGAGCCUUCAUGUUGACAAGCAGCAGUGUUUUGGAAUUGGUGCCAGCUGGCCAGAGAGAGCAGUGGUUAAUCUCGGAGAAAGAGUUGAGCUUCGACAUGCAGCAUUCCAUUGGCGAGGGUAGUUAUGGUACGGUCUACUCCGGUCUUUGCCAGGGGCACCCCGUGGCGAUCAAGGUGCCUAAAGUGCAAGUCCAUGGGGUAACCAGCACAAGCCAGGUAACGCAGUUAUGCAAUGAGCUGCGAAUAUUGCGAAAGCUGAGGCAUCCAAAUAUCGUGUUUUUCUUCGGGGCCUGCAUCAGCGAGCAGCAGGUGGCGCUGGUCUUAGAACUAAUGACAGGCUGCACCUUGAGACAUUUCAUCCAACUGCCUGUGCGCCAAAGUGGGAAGCAAAGCUCGGGGGCCGGUGCCCUGGAGCCGCCAGCGGAGGUGCAGCGUGCGCACGUAAUCGUUGGCUCAUCGUCGGCAUUGCGGUAUUUGCACUCACGAGCCCCUCAGGUGGUACACGGAGAUUUGAAGUGCUCCAACGUGUUCGUGGAGCGCACCUGCUGCCCGCGCAGUCUUCCCACGGCCAAGCUCCUGGACUUCGGCCUCUCCAGGGCGCUGACGAUGAGGGCGAAACCGCUGGGGGGGACCCUUCGGUGGGUGGCCCCAGAGGUCCUCCGCGGGAGCAGCCCGGACACGGCGGCCGAUAUGUUCUCUUUCGGCUGCUUGAUAUCUUUCAUCAUCACGGGCAGGCUGCCGGGGAGCGAGGUGUGCCCUGCGCAUCCGCAGACCGACUGGUCGGCGCGGGGCUGGCUCGCCCAGGCAUGCGAGCCGCUCGUGGCGGAGUGCUGCGGCACCGACGCCUCUCGCCGGCCGCGCGCGCAGCAGGUGCACGAGCAGGCCAAUGUCUGGCUGGAGGCGCUGCUGCAGCGCGGGGAGCAGUUGGCGGGCUCCCCCGCCGGCGCCGGCGGAGGGCACGCGCCCGGGCCGCCGGCCGACGCGGCGGCCCUUCGGGCGAGCCGCCUCUCCGAUGUCGCCGGGAGGGCGGCGCAGGAGAUGAGGCUGGUGGUCCCGUCGUGCCGCCGCACGCCCGCGGCCACGGUGGACGGCAUGAUGUGCGACCUCCUGCUGUGCUGCAACUUCGAGAUCCCGGUCCAGGUGUGCUGUCCCUUCCACGCAGCGCUGGCCAAGCUCGCGCGCGCCAUCGCCAAGCGCGUCGACGGCCCCUGCAAGCCUUGGAGCACAGGAGGCACUUCCUGCAGGCAGUGCGCUCGGUGCGGGCUGCUGUGUUGGAGUGAAUCUCGCGAUUUUGAUGAGGGCGUUUCGUGCAACUUCUGUGGCUCAGUGAAUUGGGAGCUCGAUGCUGGCGGCAACAAUUCUUUACCAAGUAUCCCAGAGGCGAGUGCCAAGGACGAGAUGGAGGCAACUCCGCAGCCGCAGGCCAGAGCCAACGACAGGGUGGAGACAACUCCUCGUUCGCAGGCCAGCGACGGGACAGCCUGCGGACUGGCCAUCUAGAAUUGGCGUGCGCUGAUGCUGCUGGAGACCCUGGCAGCACGCCAAGCCGCCAUCAGCGCCCCAGAACCUGACACCAGCACUGAGAUCUUGUUCGAAGAAUACAUAAGAUCCACUCGGUGUAAAAUUGCGGGGAACGUAGGGGAAUCCCAGCAGGAGAGAUGAAGAGCCGUGCGCGGCGAAGAGCGGCAGC